AUAAUUGUGCUACAAAGUUGGCAAAUAGGUGUGAAAGUGCCCAUCUCUAUUUUAAUAGCUCUCGACUUGACAAAAACUCAUUUCAAAUCAAAACACUUUCACAAAAUGAAGCUUUUCCUCAUUUUACUGGCUUUAAACUUGGCCAAACCUGACCAACAUCCCGGCUUGAAAGCGCUGAAGAAAGACAGCGGAAUAUCGUGGUCAUUUCCCAACUCUGGCGUCCUCGAAAUGGCCUACCGGAGCAAUCUCAUCGAAAACCCCAAAUACCAACUUGAAGGUUCCGUAAUUGUGGACAAGAAUUUGCUCAAUAAUGACCCAAUGGCAAUCGGGGGAGCGAUUAUGUAUCGCAAUAAAGUGAAAAAAAACACAUUUGAAGCCCAGAUUUUUAACGAAGGGUAUAAGGGUGUUCAAGUUGGGGCGAAAUCGGCUAGAAAUAUCUAUCUAGGGAAAAAAAACGCAGUCAAUGUGGGUGUUGUCUAUGGGCAACAUUUCGGUGGGCCUGAAGGGAGCAGCAGACCUGUGCUGGGUGCAGUGGUCAAAACAACGCUCUAAUUGUGGCAACAAAUCGUUUCUCAAAUAAAUACACAAACGAUGAGA